AGCAUGGGCUGCUCCCCGAGCAUCCACAGUUCCGACAACCGAGCGGCGAACCACAGCGUCGAGGACCGGGGCGCCCCGGGCCCCGCGCCGCCCCGGUCUAGACAGCGACGACGGUCGACCGCGUCCGGCUCCGGCCGCGUCCGGCUCGUGGAGCCUCAGCCUCGCAACGGCGGCGCCUCGAAGGUAUCAGAAACUGAUGUGCAAUUUGGCCCGAUGAGAUUUCAUCAAGACCAACUUCAGGUACUUUUAGUGUUUACCAAAGAAGAUAACCAGUGUAAUGGAUUCCACAGGGCAUGUGAAAAGGCUGGGUUUAAGUGCACAGUCACCAAGGAGGUGCAGGCUGUCCUUACCUGUUUCCUGGAAAAAAUCCAUGACAUCAUUAUCAUAGACCAUCGAAAUCCCCAGAAGCUGGAUGCAGAGGCACUGUGCAGGUCUAUCAGAUCAUCAAAACUCUCAGAAAACACAGUUAUUGUUGGUGUAGUACGCAGGGGGGACAAAGAGGAGGUGUCUUUAAUGCCCUUCAUUGCUGCUGGCUUCACAAGGAGGUAUAUAGAGAACCCCAACGUCAUGGCCUGUUACAAUGAACUGCUGCAGUUGGCAUUUGGAGAGGUGCGAUCACAAAUGAAACUCAGGGCUUGUAACUCAGUAUUCACUGCAUUAGAGAAAAGUCAAGAAGCAAUUGAAAUUACAAGUGAAGACCACAUUAUACAGUAUGCAAACCCUGCAUUUGAAACAACGAUGGGUUAUCAGUCAGGGGAAUUGAUAGGGAAGGAGUUAGCCCAAGUGCCCAUAAAUGAAAAGAAAGGGGACUUGCUUGACGCCAUAAACUCGUGUAUCACCAUAGGCAAGGAGUGGCAAGGAGUUUACCAUACCCAAAAGAAAAAUGGAGAUAAUAUACAACAAAAUGUGAAGAUAAUACCUGUCAUUGGGCAGGGCGGGAAAAUUAGACACUAUGUGUCCAUUAUCAGGGUGUGCAACGGCAGCGAUAAGGUUGAGACAGUAACUGAGUCUGUGCCGAUGAACAGUCAAGCAGAUAAUCAGGCAGGCAAACAUAAAGAGAGGAGGAAAAUUUCCAUAGAUGCCAAGGCGGUUUCCUCUAAAGCAAGUGAAGUUACCAAUCAGAGAAGACACUCCUCUCUGGCCCGGAUACACUCUAUGAUGAUCGAAGCACCCAUCACCAAGAUAAUCAACAUUAUCAACACUGCCCAGGAAAACAGCCCUAUGCCUGUGACAGAAGCCUUGAACCGUGUGCUGGAGAUUCUGAGAACCACUGAGUUAUAUUCACCACAGUUUAAUGCUGAGGAUGACCCUCACGCCGCCGACCUCGUUGGGGGCUUACUAUCUGAUGGCUUACGAAGGUUUUCAGGAAAUGAGUAUGUUCUUGCAACCAAAAACCUUCAGCCAUCUUCCAGCAGUAUUCCCACCCCCAUCUCCCUAAAUGACAUCCCACCACGGAUUGCCAUGGCCAUAGAAAAUGAAGAACAGUGGGACUUUGACAUCUUUGAGCUGGAAGCAGCUACUCAAAAAAGGCCUUUGAUUUAUCUAGGUCUCAAAACAUUUGCUCGUUUUGGAAUCUGUGAAUUCUUACAAUGCUCCGAGGCAACGCUGAGAUCGUGGUUUCAAAUUAUUGAAGCCAAUUAUCAUUCUUCUAACCCCUACCACAAUUCCACACAUUCUGCGGAUGUGCUCCAUGCCACUGCCUACUUCCUUUCCAGAAACAAAAUAAAGGAAACUUUAGAUCGGAUAGACGAGGUUGCCGCCCUCAUCGCCGCCGCCAUUCACGACGUGGACCACCCUGGGAGGACCAGCUCGUUCCUCUGCAACUCGGGGAACGAGCUGGCCGUGCUCUACAAUGACACAGCGGUGCUGGAGAGCCACCACGCCGCGCUGGCCUUCCAGCUGACCCUGGAAAAUGACAAGUGCAACAUCUUCAAAAACAUGGAGAGGAAUGACUACCGGACACUACGCCAGUGUAUUAUCGACAUGGUCCUGGCCACGGAAAUGACGAAACACUUUGAACAUGUCAACAAAUUUAUGAACAGCAUCACCAAGCCCUUGAAAACACAAGGGAGUGAGAAAACUGUCCUAAGUCCAGAAGCCCUGAGCACUCCAGAGAACCGGACUCUGAUCAAACGGAUGCUGAUCAAGUGUGCGGACGUGUCCAACCCCUGCCGGCGCCUGGAACACUGCAUCGAGUGGGCCGCACGCAUUUCCGAAGAGUAUUUUUCCCAGACUGAUGAAGAGAAGCAGCUGGACUUGCCUGUGAUGAUGCCAGUUUUUGACAGAAACACCUGCAGCAUCCCCAAGUCUCAGAUCUCUUUCAUUGACUACUUCAUCACGGACAUGUUUGACGCCUGGGACACCUUCAUUGGCCUGCCUGACCUUAUGCAGCAUCUAGACAACAACUUCAGGUACUGGAAAGGACUGGAUGAAAAGAAGCUGUGCAGCCUCCGUCCCCCCCCAGAAUAGUGGGGACCUCCUGUCCGGGCCCCGCCCUUCCCGGCUUCUGCAGGUUCUUAGGCCUUGAUGUUAGGCAGAACUGCCCCUCAUCCGCAGAGGCUGUGAAAGGACGUGGGGCGUCACCCUCUGGGGCCACCAUCUGAUGCCGGAGCUGCGCUGUGUGUUACCAUGGGCCUGGGGGCCCUGCAGAGGGGAGCCUGGCUCUCCUGGCAGCCACAGCACUGUCCCUCCUCGUUCCUCCAGCCGGCAGAACGGCCAUGGCGGCUUGCCUGCCUCUCGGGAGGUGAGUGCUCCUUUUACCACACUGCUGGAGUGACUUGUCUCUUUAACCGACUAGCAAACGAGAUAAAGAAGCUAAGGGUGAUCAUCCCAACUAUUAAAUGUUUUAUUUAUUUUAUUAGAAGUUUGACAUUUUCUAUGAAUUUAAAAAUACUUCAAAGCCAAAGCCACCUUCAGAUGCCACAACCAAAUUCACGAGUCAGUCUCACGAAGUGUUUAUGACUUGGUGCACAGACUUAUUUUCGUAAUGCAGAUCUAAAAUAUAAAAUGAUACAUUUUAUCACACUGUAGAAAUGUUAGACUCUUCUCGUCGGCGGUCGGUGUUAGUGGGGAAGGCAUUUUGCUGGUGAGGCUCAUUCUAGUGUGCAACAGAGGCCACAUCUGCAGACCCGGUUCUGAGCAGCAUCUGUGAUCCCAGGAGUUUUGCAGGUGUGCCUUGUCAGAAAAACUUGGAUGUGACCAUUUUUUUCCUAAAAUUUUAUAAUUGAAUUUCCAAGAGCCUGCCUUAUUUUAUACCGUUUCUAUAAAAUAUGCCCUAUAAAACAAAGCAAACCGGACUACUUAGUGGUCGAUAUUUUAUAACUAACAUGGGAUAUUUGAUUCUAGAAAUGUAUAAAGGCGAUAUCUCUUUGUGUUUUUAAUGAGCAUAAUACUACACAGAUGACACUUAAUGACAUGUCAGAGGGUUGGUUUCAUCUUAGACUUGUAUUUUUUCUGGAUGAAAUUAAACUGUUGUUUUUAAGAA